AUGUCCGAAUCAAGUCUUCAUUCCGCUCAAGUGGAAUUGGGUCCAUAUGUGACCAUUCAGCCUCCUCUUUCUCGCUGUGGACACGGCCCAGGACUAAUUCUCAUACGGCCUCUUUGUUACGCGACAUGCCAACAGCAAAACAAGACGCUUGAUCCGGAACCCCUCAAAAAAUGGGCCGAGGAAAGCUUUACAGUGGCGCAAAUUACCGUGGAUGAUAAUUCUGCCAUUGACAGAUCAACUCUACGGAAGCUCAUUCAAGACGCUGAGCGUGGCUUAUCAGAGAGGCUGGAGUGUGAUACGAAGGAAAAGAUUGGGUUGGUAGUUUAUGGAUCAAAGAAGGAUUAUAGUCCCGAAUUCGAAGACAGUCUGUAUGGUGCACUAGUUCAAGGCACGGCUCUGGUCGCCGCGGUCGUCUUCGACUCCUGGGACAUCCCCUUCCUCCAGUCAACUCUUUUCCAGCUGUCUAGUCCAUUGAAAGGCGAGAAGAGGGAAGUGCAAACUAUCCACGUAUACUCUGACGUAUCUUCCCCUAGCUUCAUGGUCCCAGGCCAUCCAGAUUUCAAGAUCUCGACAGCAGGAGUAGCUCAUACUCGAAAUGUCGGGUUUAUUAAAAAGCAUUUAGGGGGCCCAUACUUUGACCUCGAGAAAAUCUGGGACGAACACACCUAUUAUGAAUUUGAAGCACGCUCGGUUGAAAAUACAAUGGCAACGAUGGUCGCAGAGCCUUACGUGAACCAUGUGCCAACUUUAACAGGAGGCAUUGGACGAACUCGUUUGAGCCACUUUUAUCUCAAUCACUUCAUCUUCAACAACCCCGAAGAUACAUCAUUGGAGCUCAUUAGUCGGACAGUCGGGACCGACCGAAUCGUGGACGAGUUCAUAUUUGUCUUCACUCAUCUGAAGCAGAUGGACUGGUUGUGGGUUGUCCGGAUUCCCGGUAUCCCUCCUACAGGCAAGCACGUUCGCGUUCCAUUCACAUCUGUAGUCAACAUUCGAGGAGAUCGCUUGUUCCAUGAACACAUUGCAUGGGAUCAAGCAACAGUACUCGUGCAGCUGGGUUUGCUGCCCGAGUAUUUGCCUUUCCCAUAUGCACUGCCUGAUGGAACUGUGCCAGCGCAUGGGAAACGAUUUGAGUACCGUGUACCAGCAGCGGGUGCCGAGAGUGCCGCGAAACUCCAGAAUGAGCAUGAAGUGCCUUCUAAUCAGAUGUUCGAGUAUAAGAUUCGCGAGGUCGAUAACUGA